AUGACACAUUUCAAACAACCCCGGCGGAACAUCCAGCGGGGCGCAGCCUUACCGGACUCUUUCCGAGGGGGGGGAAAUCCCAUCGCUUCAUGUCACACAAUGAGUGGGCAAAGCGUGAAAGGCGCUCCGGUGCAAACACAAGGCGGAUCAUUCAUUCCGUGCCCGGAGAGAGCGCUCGGAGCGAGCCCUCGGAGGUCCCCGCUGCCCCGGUACCGGAUCGUUCCUGCACCCCGGAGCUGGGAGCGGCUCCAGCACAGGUCCGAGCCGCGCUCGGUUGUGCCCCAGCCCGGAGGGGGCCGCGUGAGGGAAGAAGAUGUGGAGAAUGGAACCUGCAGCAGCGAUGGCAGAGUGAGGGAGCCCCUGGAUCCCCAGGGCACAUCGGCCACCGACCAUGUGCUCAGAAGGCUGCUCAGAGGAUUCCUGGGCCAGCGCUCCAGCCACCAUCCCGUGCUCACCUUGCUGCUGCUCCUGCUCCUGUUCCUGCUGCUGGCCGUGGUGGCGGCCUUGGCUGUGCGGUCAGCUCCACAGGUUCCAGCUCCACCUGCGGCUCCGACGUUGGUUCUGGGCUGUCCCCCUGGCUGGGUUGGAUACAAUGGAGUCUGCUACUACUUCUCAAGGGACAGCAGAACCUGGGAGCAGAGCCAAGAGCGGUGCUCCGAGCUCGGGGCCUCCCUGGCCAUUGUCCAGGAUGAGGCAAUGCAUUGGCUCUUGCGCCUCCGCGGGAACGUCGAUUACUGGCUCGGGCUGCGCAGACGGGGCGAGCGCCUGCGGUGGGGGGACGGCAGCAGCUUCAGCUCCUCGGUUCCUGUCCUUGGCAGUGAAGAGUGCGUGUGCCUGGCUGAGGAGAAAUUCAGGAGUGAGAGCUGCUCAAACCGUCGGCCCUAUCUCUGCAGCAAGGCCCAAGCUCCCCUGUAA